AUAAAACACGUUUUAAUUACUGUGAUCAACAGUAAGAAACCAGCAGUCUUUAACUGGUAAACCUGUUUACUGUUGUAGCUACCUCUUCUCAUAUGUUGCAUAUUUCUUCUUAAAAUUUAGUGAACUUUAUAUAUACUUCAUUGUUACAACGAUCGGUCGAUUGAUCUUAAUCAAUAUUUGUCGUUUGAAACAGAAUUCAUUUAUGCGAUAGUAAUAAACUGUUCUGUUAUCUAUUUCUUCACCAGAAAGACUGCAGCAUGAACAAUCAACUACACCAUCUCAAUCUGUUGCCUAAGAAGGUUCAGCAUCAUUUGUAUAUAGCCUAUAAUAAAGAUGGUCGACAUCAUGAUGUGGAAGAUGUAAUGAGAGCCUUGGCUAACGACAUUGAAUGUGGAGAUAUGGUUGCUUUAGCUGUACGAGAUAUUGUCUGGCAGUCUAGUUGGUCACAGAGUUUGAAAGGGAUAUUCACAGCUGGAAUAUACAAAUCUCUGAAAUAUAGCUUUCGAAAACUUGUGAAGAUGGUCAAAAGUAUGAAGACGCUUAGAUAGCUUUGGUUUUUAAUCAUAUUGUGAAAGUACCGUGAAGCACAAGUCAUGUGACCGAAGACUUGCAACAGUGCUUGGUUGCUGUAUAUCUCGCUUGCGUUUCAUUCCGAAUCUUUAUAGGUGAGAUUAUUUUUCAGAUAUUCUUCUGUAGAAACAGUUUAAGUCAUCUUGUUUACAGAUAAACCUCAAUUACUUUAAGGUUGUUAAACACAGACUAGAUUAGUCCUAAGAAUGCUGAAGUCUCUGAUGGAAUGUUCCAAAGAACUGAAAAUAUAUACAAGUUGGAAUUACAUUGUUCCUCCCAAUGUUCCUUGAUGGAAUGUGGUUCAAAUGUAAUGUAGUAAUAAACUUCUGAACUCGUUUAAAAACAUUAAUUUUUUUUAGUAAAGCAUGAAAGAAAUUCUGUGCACAACUACGGAUCACACCUGUUUAAAUGUAAGAAAAAAAUGUUACUAUCCUUGAAUUAAUUGUUAAAAAUCAACAAAGCAUGUCUGUGGUUAUAUGUUACCUCAUAAAGAGACACCGAAGGCAACCAAGUUUUCAGUGCUCACGUUGCAAGUUCGGCAUAACCAUCAAAAUGUCUGCCACCAGUCUGGACAGCCAAUGAUAAUGGUCAAGCUAGACUUUGGUCUCCUAAGUGUACAGUAUCAUACUGGUAAGUUUUCUAAGUGAAAUAUACAUUACUUCUACAUUAACCAGAUUUAGUGUUAACAUAUCAUUGAGAGAAGCCAUGUGAUAAUCAAUAGAGUAACAAGUUUUUUAGUCUGUGUACUGUUUCUACACCAAGAAAUAAUGUUAGGUUCAGUUGUUAAAGGUUAUAUAAUCAAAGUAACUUUUGUCCAU